GUACACGGAUACUGCAUGAAUGAUGCAUACAGAACCAUAUAAAAUGUUGUUAUAUUGGUUUAAUUUGUUUAAAUUAACAUCAGUUAUUUAAAAAAAGGUAGUCGGACGAAAACGAAGUUUAAAAAUGGUAAACAUUAGUAUACUGUUUAUUUUGUUUGUUCUAUGUAGUUUGACAUCGUAUGGAACUUGUGCUAGAAAAAAGCAUAGGCUACCUCCAUCGUUUCCACAAUGCCAUAGAAGCGAUCCAAACCUGUCCAAGUGUCUUUUGGAUGCUACAGAGAAAGUAAGACCAUAUUUAGCUAAUGGUGUACCCGAACUGAAAAUUCCGUCCUUCGAGCCGUUCACUUUACCUCAAGUUGUGCUGGAACAAGGAAGCCAGUCUUUGAAUUUCAAGGCGGUCCUCAGCAAUGUCACCGUUCAUGGUUUAUCGAAAUAUAAGUUUUCAAGAUUCGACUUUGAUGUGCCAAAUUUGCAAUUUUUCUGUUAUGCAAGUUUUCCUGGAUUAACAUUAGAAGGCGAUUAUAAAAUCGAUGGAAAAAUACUAAUUGCUCCUAUUGAAGGUAGUGGUAGAUUCACUGCGAAGAUUGAUUCGUGCGAAGUUAAGAUGUACCAAAAAUGCCACGAAGGAAAAAUAAAUGGAGAAAACCAUAUAAUUCCUCAUUUUACAAACAGUACUAUGGAAGUUAGCGGUCCUAUGGCACAUUUAGAUGGUUUGUUUGACGGAAAUCCUGAGUUAAAUGCAGUUACAAAUAAAGCUAUCAGCGACAAUAUAAACGAACUUUUCAGCGAGCUGAAACCAGUGGUAGAAGAAACAAUAACAAGAAUUAUGGAAGACCUUUUGCUUAAACAUAUUGCUUUGAAUAUUCCUUAUGAUCAUUUAUAUCCUGUAUAAUAACAAAAAUAUUAUUUUUUAAUUUAGUAAUUUUUGAAAUAAAAAUAUGAGUCAAA